AAACCUUCAGUGUUUACAAAGUACAAACCUGUGCAAACUCCAUACGGAACUAGCAAUUUGCACAGACGCGACCGCGGGCUCGUAGAUGGCCCUUUAAACGAGUUGGGCCUGCAGAGUGUUCCCUGUAGCUGUAGGUAGAUAUCAUGGCAGCCAAGCCAGGUAGCGCAGGCGGUGCGGCCCCACCACCAGCGGCACCCGCGCCCCCGCCUGUGCUGGAGAAAAAGACCCUCGCGGAGAGCCGGUUCCUUCGGUUCGUGAAUGUGGACUACGCACGGCCAGGGGACAAUGCCAAGUCUUCAUGGCAAUACGUUGAGCGGACAACGCGAAGGGGCGACGUAGAUGCGGUGAACAUUUUCGCGGUCCUGAAAAAGAAGGACGGCAACCACCAAGUUCUGGUGGUGAAGCAGUACCGUCCUCCGAUGGGAAAGCAUACCAUCGAGCUUCCAGCGGGUCUGGUGGACAAGGACGAGUCGCCUCAGACGGCCGCGCUGCGCGAGCUGAAGGAGGAGACGGGCUACGUGGGCACCUUCAUUGGCGCCACGGGCCAGCAGGCGCUCAGCCCGGGCCUGACCAACGAGAACAUGUGCGUCACAGCAGGGGGCGGGGCACACAGGGUCACCAUCUUCGCCGAGAUUGACCCGGAGCUCCCGGAGAACAAGAACCCCAAGCAGAGCAAGGAGGACCGCAAGAUGGGCAUCACGCGGGAGUGGCUGCCGCUGAAGAACCUGCACCACACGCUCGCGGCCUACGAGGCGCAGGGCUGGGGCGUCUUCGCAGGCCUGUACGCCGUCGCGCACGGGUUCUACCUGCGGGAACGGCUGGGGUUGUGAUAUCCAGACGCGGCGUCGCAACCGCCAAUCGACGAGGAAGCUCUGCCGGGUGCGCCACCGCACCCGGCAACACCACCAAUGGGAUCGUCACCACAAACACCACAGGGGGGAAUGUCACCACAGAAUAGCGUGCAGCUGCAGAGCAUACUUUCGGCGCCGGUGUACCUGGGCUCGGCGCUAGUAGCAGGGAUGUCGCCGGCAGCGGGGCUGGUGCCGCACCCGCCGCCGGGGCCGGGGCCAAGCUCGUCGCCGCCGCUGCAUCGGCGCGGCGGCACGGCGUCCUGGCAGCGCGCGGCGCAGGUAGUGGCUGUGUACGCGCCGCAUAUGGCGGGGCCGCUGCUGUCGGGGCGCAGCGCUGGGCCGCACGCCAGCAGCAGCUGGAGCCACGCACACGGCCAGGGGUCGGGGCAGGGCUCAGGGCAUGGGCACGGUCACGCUCACGGCGCGCACGGGCACGGGCACGGGCACAGCGUGUCGGCAGGCGGCGCUUCGCCGGCCCUGGUCAAAAAGUUCAGCAACGUGAGCGCCGGCAGCGCGGCUAGCGGGCCCAGCACCGGCACACCGCGCGGGGCGGCGCUGCCGCGCCUCAUACCGCGCGGCAUGGCGUCGUCGGGCGGCGCGCCGGGCGAGGGCUUGCGGCUGGUCACGAGCAGCCUUGACAGCUUGCCGCCGCUCAUUCGCAGCGCGGACGAGGGCUCGUCACGCGCGCGCCUCGGCGUCGGCAGCGGCGGCGCGCCGAGCUCGGGGCGCGGCGACCGGCGGCGGCACAGCGACGCGUUGGGGGACGCAAGUAGGUACUUCGGUUAGAACGGUGACAGGUGAAAGGUGACGCAUUCCGCUGACAUACUGGUGUGGUGUGGGUGACAAGAGCUUCUUGAGUCAGUUUGGUGACAGAAUGUAUGACGUUUUGAUUGAACUCAUACGAUGGACAUUGGCGGAAGUUGCGACGUGCGCGGACUCGCACAUAUGGAGGGCUUGCCGUGGGGUGUCAAGCCUCACGGCAGCCGACAAAUAAAUUCUGGACGGAGAACGCCUGCAUAUGGGAUUGCUGCCAGGGGUGUGCAGCAAUGCAUAAGCCUCGGUCGGUGGCUGAUGUGUCUACAUGUUUUGUGUGCUGUGUUGUCGUGCUGGCUUGUGUGUGUGAAAAGGCAAUCAGGCAUCAAUGGGCAAGGCGAUGGUUGGCUCCAGGUCGUCGGGGCCUGGCCUGGCGUGUGAGGCCUGAGUUCGUACCAAUGAGCAGUGCCUGCGUUGCCUGGGAAGCGGUUGCUGCCGUCAGGGGUCUAAGCUGUUGGGGGGCAGCUAGGCUUUCGGUUGUGCGUGCGGGUGUGUGUGUACUGUACUGCCAAACUGCCGGCGGGCGGCAGCGGGGCUGGCAGUACGGGGUCGGCUGGACGAUGACAGUCCGCUGGCGAGGGUGGGCUGUAAAUAUCAUGGCGC